UCCGGCCUCGUAUCAGAAGUUGGUUAAGGGCAAGUACGGUUUUGGUAAAUUAAUGAAUUUGUACAGUCCGACUAAAAUAAAAUCUCUAUCCAGGAACCCUCAAAAUAUUUAAGAUCAAUUUAGACGAACAGCUGAAAUGUCAUAAACAUGUGAUGCUGCGGGCGAAAUGCUGGAAGGUGGAAACAGAGUACGCGUAUAUUUGGAUUGUACAAGGACACAACUAUCACGUUAUACAAGAACUCUCUGCACACAAGGUCCUGUCCUUUGCAGGCAGAACAUGUACAACGACUGUGCCCGUUUCAACUCAAGGUACAGAAAUACAGAGAAGUUCACAUAACCUGGAAUCACAGUGGAAGAACUUAUUUAACAAAUUUAUUGGAUUAAUCCUGACUACAGUUUAGAAAUUUCAGAUUAGUAUUAUUCACUCCAAGUAAACAAGAUCUGCAUACAAUCUCUUUCCCAAAAAAUGGAGCAGCCAAGUGUUCAUCUUUGGGUAAAACAUGAAACCUUCAUUGUUGGGGUAUUGCAGAUCCCACCACCUUCAAAAUUCAGUAUGCACUACCUUCGAAAAAUGGCAACAUACGUUCGAACAAAGGGAGGAGAUGGUGGUUAUCCCAGACUUUCUUGGCCAAUGUGGAGGCACAUUGCUUGUGGAAAGUUGCAACUGGCUGAAUAUUUGGCUUGGCUGUAUUUUGAAACAUUUGACAGUCUUUUAGAGAGAAGUUCAGAAGAGAGACUGGAGUGGGCUGAGGCAGUAUCUCAUUGCAGGUCAGAAGAGGAAGUUGACAAACUGAAAAGUAAGCUGUCAGUAGACACACUGCAGUUUCUGCUGUUUCUGUACGUACAGCAGCUGAACAAAGUUUCUCUCCGAACAUCCUUGAUUGGUGAGGAAUGGCCAAGUCCCAGGUCGCGAUCACCUGAUCUAGAUGGUAAAUCUAAUUCUCAGAACAAGAAUAUGGAUGACCACAACCAUCUAGUAUUUGUUCUGAACCACUUGUCAGAAUUGCUGGAGCUUCUACUAGACCCUGAACAACUCACUGCUUCAAACAACACAACCCAUGACAGUAUGAUAUCUGUAGAAGCAGUGAAAGCAUUGAACUUUCUCAUUGAAGGAAGUGUUGGUCAGAAUGAAGUCAUUUAUCCUGUGCACGAAGUGGCUCUCUGGCAACCGGUUCUAGCCACAUCUGGCUACUCCAGACUCUCCAAGAUGUUCUGUUUCCGUAAACUACAGAGCUGGUUGAGAAGUGUGCUGGGACCAAAUCCAUUUGGUACUGCAGUCUGCUUCCGAAAAGGGAAGAAACUGGCGUGGGCACAGCAAGUUGAAGGUACGACAAAACGGGCAAAGAUUGCAUGCAAUAUUUAUACAGCACCUAAAGGCCACAAGGUGGUGGUAAUGACACAAGUAUACAAGCAAACCCUGGCUAAGAGCUCCGAUCAACUGGUUGGAGCUCAUGUUAAAAUUCAUCGCUGCAAUGACUGCUAUAUAUAUCUCUUAUCUCCUUUAAGGUCUGUCAGUAUUGAAAAUUGUCGAAAUACAACCUUUGUUCUCGGUCCUGUUCAAACAACCAUCCACAUCCAUAGCUGUGAUGAUGUGAAAGUAAUAGCUAUCUGCCAUAGACUUUCAGUCUCAUCAUCAUCAUCAUGCACUUUUCACUGUCUCACGCCCACCAACCCUCUAAUCAUGUCUGGAAACAUGAGCUUAACAUUUGCUCCAUACCAUACUUACUAUCCAAUGUUGGAGGAUCACAUGGCAAGGACAGGGAUAGCUACGAUCCCCAAUUACUGGAAUAAGCCAUUAUGCAUUGGUGUGGACAACAAUGAAAUGACCGUCUAUCAGCUGCUGUCCCCCAAAGAAUUUCAUCCUUUUGUGAUCCCAUUUGAAAUAGAGGGGGAUACGAUGGAGAUCCCUGGAGGACUACCACCACAAUAUGAAAAAGCUGUAAGACAGAGAGAGCAGAAGAUUCAGAAUUGGCAGAAGACUAUUAAGGAGGCCGGUCUUAGCAAAGAACAACGCAAGCUGUUUCAAAACCUAGUGGAGCAGGAGUUCUGUGAAUGGCUCGAUCAAACUGGACAUCGUCAGCAACUGGACAGUCUCAUCCCAGCACCUGCUUCCUCAAAACAAACUACAUGUUGAAGAUUAAGAAUUUAUUUGGGUGAUUAUACUCAUUGCUAUAAUUGAAACAAAUGUGAGCUCCUAUUAUUGCAUGUCUUUCAAAUAUACAUUUUUGUAGAUCUUUGUCAUUUCAAUUGCGGUUAAACUACACAUUUCACAAAGAUGUAAUACAAUAUAUUUUUGGUGCACAUUUGAGACAUUAGUGCCAUUAUUGUAUUUCAAAUAGUUUUACAUUAAGUUUUGUAACUGGGUCAACUGGGACAGUCUUAUAAUUAGAUUGUUUAUGAUACGUUUCACUUUUGUUCCUAAAACCAAUGUGUUUUUUAAGAGAUUCAUGCAAUAUAGUAUUAUACUUGGCCUGAAUGAAAAUUCAUUUUCCAUACAAGGAGCUUGACCCCUCGCUGGAUGUAGCUUUAAAGCCAGAGAGAUAGGGAAAUAAUCCCUAUUUGAGAUGUGUGUGUCUCUCUUAUCUUCUACCAUCACCAGCCUUCAACCUCCCAAAACAAAAUCUCUUUCUCAUUUCUGUUGUCAGGUUCAAAAGCUUUAACUGUGUUCUGACACGAUUGGGAUCUUUAAGAAAUUUUGAGAUGUAAUUCCUUAACCUUCUCAAGGGCAAUGAGGGAUAGACAAGAAAUGCUGGCUUAGCCAGCAAUGCCCACAUCCCACAAAUGAAUUGUUUUAAAAGAGUUUUUGGGCUGAAUAAAAGCUUUCAGUUCCACCUUGUGUUUGUCUUUUUUGUUUUAAGUCCAAGUGAUUUAAGAUCUCAAAUGAUUUAUCACUCCAAACUCUCUUACUACAAUAAGUGAUUUAAAGUUGCUGAUCCAACAGAGGAAACACCUUUGAAAUUAAAGAUUGUGAAAAUCAAAAUUGUUCAGUAAUUAUCUUUGAUUUAAACAUGACAUCCACUUUCCGGAGGUAUUAAAGUGUAACUGUUGAUUUGUUGCAGUGAUUUUGCCACUUUUGGGAAUAUUUGUAUUAUCCAUGAUGAGUAACAUUCUGUAAACAGUAUGGAAU